AUGGGAAUUAACUUCAGGGACAUUGCUUAUGUUAUUCACUAUGGGCCUCCUCGUAAUAUUGAAGAUUUUGUCCACGAAAUUGGUCGUGUUGGCCGCGAUGGCAGGAAGGCAGUUUCAGCAUUAUUUUACCAAGGGAAACAUUUGCGGAAAUGCGAGAAGGCAGUAAAAAGGUAUGCCAAGGAGAACACCUGUUUGCGAAACCUUUUAAUGUCAGAAUUUGAAGAACUUAACAGCACUGUGGGAAAUCAUAGCUGUUGCUUGUCAUGCCAUUUGAAGUGUCUAUGCAGUGACACAAAGUGCAACAUUGACAUACCGUUUACUCAACACAUUUCUCAAGUGAGGGGUUCCUCCAAAGAGUCUUUAAAGAAAAGAAAGACUACCCUUCAACAGAGAGUACUGCUUGAAGAAUUGUUGAGGGACAGGCAAAGGGAACUCUCUUCUAGGUGCUCAGUCUAUUACCUGUCUCCUGAGUAUACAAAUGGAUUUAGCGAUAAUCUGAUGAAGUCACUGCUGUCUCAUUGUAAGUACAUUUUUAAUGUGGAUUACAUACAGUAAAAACCCAUGUAUAAGAACCUAGGUUUUUCCAAGUUAGCCUAAACAGGUUCUUAUCUAAAUAGUAUUUAGUGUAAAAUUAGGCUAACUAGGUUCUUAAUUAGGUUCUUAACUUUUGUUCAAGAACUAAAGCUCAAUUUUUAAAUGAUCUGGUGUUUAAUGUCCAAAAACAGUAUUCUUGGAGGCUUCGUUAAGCAAAAUACUAUACUAUUUUAAUCUGAUUCUGUUACAAUCAAACCUAUGGUAAAGUUUUAUGUAACCAUGCUAUAGUGUUUAGAGUAUUAUUGCAUACAGACUGUGUUAUAUAUAUAUUUUUUUUUCUUGAGAAAAUUUCUUAAUUCUAUAUAUAUAUAUUUUUUUUGGAAAAUAGGAACCUGUUUUAGGAUUUUAGCCUAAAAUGGUUCUCAUGUGAAGGGUGCUUAAAAAUGAAAUUUUAGCCUAACAGGUUCUUAAAUGUUCGGUUCUUAUACGCGGGUUUUUACUGUAAUGGAGAAUUUGCCUGUUUUCAAAAAAGGGCAUGCUUGUGAUAUCCUUUAUAUGGUUAGAGAUUCUUUUGAAGAUUUUGAAAUUAAUGAUGAGACACUGACAGGCACUGACAAUCAAGAACUUGUUUUUUCUGAGACAUUUGACCUUGAAUAUGGUGGAAUCUAUAGCAACAGCGAAGGCAGUGACAGUGACUUUUUCACAGAUUCUGAGUUGUAGUAACAACUUACUUCUUACUUCUAUUGCAGUAAGCGACUAAAGGCAGUAAACCAUUCUGCAGUUUGAAAGGUACACUGUUUAUUUCAAUAAAAAUAGAGGAAUGGGUCUAUUUUGAAAACAAGUAUAAUAUACAUUCAUAAUAGAAAAGAAUUUCCAGAAGACUAAAAAACUUAAUGGGGCUCAGGGAUUACAACAUAGCAAAAAUUCAGUGUCUUAAAUUUUGUAUAAUGCAACAAAAACUUAAUGUUUUUCAUUAUUACCACUGGGAAAUUCUGGUUUACCUUACAUAUGUAACUCCUGUGUCUUCACGCACGUUAAUUUUAAAAUUUUCUGCCUCUUGCCUUAGUUCAUAGAAAUUUAAACAGCUGUUUUAACAAGGUUUUGACAGUCUGACAAAAAGCACAAAAGCGUCACCCACAAUGCUUUCAGUUUCUAUGGGUUGUUUUCAUUAAGAAAUAUUGGACACACUUUUGAUCGUGCUAGCCCUGUCAAUCAAAUCAACACAGUUAGGUAAACAUCAUCUAUUCAUGUACAGAUUUCAGUUUCAGCUUUUGCCUCAAAUCACCCCUGCUACCACAAUCGGGUAGUAGUAGGAGUGAUUUGUGCCAAAAGUUUCCAGGGCAUCGAGUAAGCUACAACUGAAGGAAAACCUUUUUUUAAAAAAAACAGCAAGGUAUUUUGCAUUCUAAGACAGCGCAUCAGAAAUGUAUCAAACUGUCUUGAAAUAAACAUGCUUGAGAAUAGAUUAUUCUCUCCUUUUUUUUCUUCUGAAUCAAGGGGUCCAUUUGCAAUACGCCACUUGCACUAAGAAGUCACGUGACCAAUGCUUCCUUUCAACAAUGAGUUGGAAUCUUGCUAAUGCCAAAAAUUGACAGAGCACAAAAAAAUUAUCUUACACCCGAAAUUUGAGAGGAAACACAUUUAAGGGAGACAUUUUAUGGCAAUUUGACUUUUUGAACAACAAAGUAGUAUGAUUUGUAUUGGCUGCCAUGAGGGAGGGCAUACUCUUGCCCUCCAACAUGGCAGCCAAAACUACUUUUUGCUUAUAUCUUGUUAAAAGUUUAGUAGUUACACUCAGAUGUUCUGUAAACGUUACCACAUCAUCUUUUCAACGUUUUCCUUUAAGUUUACUUGCAAAAUUGGUGUUCAGAAAGAGGUAA